AUCUCCCAUACCAGCUCUGCUUCCUUCUUGCUGCCCACACACCACGCAGCCUCCGCUCCGCCCGGCUACCCAUCGCCAUCGCCAUCAGUGCAAAAGCAUACGUACUGCGGCGGCUGUCCAAUUGACUUUGAGCACAGCGCUGGAUCGCGAGCCCGACCGAUAUGGUUGAUUCAGCAUAGCAACCUAUCCAAACGUCCAAGGCCCCAGCAUGGGAUCAGUCGUCCUCGAUGCCGUGAACUCGUUCUUCGGACAUCCCCACGCGACCACACACGACCAUCCACAGCACAGCACCUACCGAGAAGCGCCUCGAACAGCGCCCACCCCAAACCCCGCACCGACAUCGAAACGGAGCCGCUCGCGAUCCCCUGGCGGCGAGGAGCGAGUCGAGCGAAUGACCGAUUCUGCGCAGAGAGCCACCAGCUCUUCUGCAGCCCCGGCGAGCUACAAUGUUCGACCAGAAGAUACAAGGGCGCCUUCGCAGGCGUCAUCGAGACAGAGCGCAGCAGAGCCACCAAGCCCACCACUAGCUGCUAACGCGGCCGUGCCUCCAGAGGCCGACCAGUCUCAAACAGGUGCACAGACGGAUAGCGCGCCCUCGACGCCAUCGGAGCGCUCGUCGAGACCACGGAAGAUCAAAGUGCGCGACCUUCAGCACAUUCAGAGCUUUGCUUGCGAGAACAUGGCAGACUUCUCCGAAGUCCGCAGCAGGAGCCGCUCGCGUUCGAGAGCGACGGAGGAUGAUAGCCCGCAAUACGAGAUUAGUGAGAUGAAGGUCGAGCACAUAAUUGAAAUGGUCGCUGGCCUCCUCACCAAAAUUACGACCACGAAUGACAGGCAGCACGAGCAUCUGCACCGAGCGCCGCCCUCGAUCAGCGAAGCUUCGCAUCUCAACCAGCAGACUACAAGUGUGUUGGCUUUUCAUGGCAAGAACGUGCCGAGCAUAACAAUCUUGAGUUACUUGUCCAGGAUCAAUAAGUACUGUCCUACCAGCUAUGAGGUAUUCUUGAGCCUAUUGGUGUACUUUGACAGAAUGACGGAGCGCGUCAACGCGGGCCCGAUGCAGUCCUUGCGAGAGGCAAACAAACAAGCUGUCGAAGCACAAGGUGGCAGAAACGAUUCGUCAGCGUCACUGAGUUCAGACUCCAUGGAAGGAGUGACGGCCACGACACCCAGUGGGACCCAGCAAGCGACCCCUCCAUACUCUGGCGGUAUGGAGAAGCCUCAAGAGCGAGGUAUUCCAGGCACACCCCACAGCAGGCCUAACCAACCGGACACGGACUCGCCAUCAAUACCUGCAGAACUGUCGGCUGCUGGGAACAUUGACCCGUAUAACCUUUCACACUUUUUUGUCGUGGACAGCUUCAACAUUCACCGGCUCGUCAUUGCUGGUGUUACUUGCGCUAGCAAAUUCUUUUCUGACAUCUUCUACACGAAUUCAAGAUACGCUAAGGUGGGCGGCCUCCCCUUGCCAGAGCUUAACCAUCUCGAGCUGCAGUUCUUGCUGCUUAAUGAUUUCCGGCUGAGUAUCCCGGUGGAGGAGAUCGAAGCCUAUGGAACCAUGCUCGUUGAGUUCUAUGCUCGAGAAGUGGUUGCGCAAAGAAAAGCUGCCGAGGCCGCUGCGGCGAGCAUGGAUGAGCGCAGUUUGAGCGAGAGUUCGACGGAGAGCACUGCUACUGUAAGGGCUGCCGGAUAGCCAAAAGGCAUCUUGUCUCCAACUUUCGCGAAAGCUCCGAGCUGGCAAGUUGCCCCUGGGGCGAAAUUGUGCCGCAAGAGACUGUGUGAAACAACGCUGUUUUCGGCUGGAGACUUUGGAUCACCAUCCGCCGCUGGAAUAUGCCACCAGUCUCCCAUGGUCCUCUCUCUGAUCAAAACCAACCAGCCCUGGCAAGCAAGUUACGAAUGAUACGACACACCUUUACACGAACGAGGGCCGAAGCACGCCCUCGAAUUCGACUUGACCGAUUUGUUGGAACUCCGCGAUAGAUGCCACAACACUAGAUGGCGAAGACAAUACCUCACGACACAUUGCUUGGAAUGUUCUUCCACUUUGCAAGUAUACCCCCAAGAAUGAAUCUUCCUCUUUUUCAGAUGCCCUCCGGUGGGAGCAUCUGUCGGCGAUGGGUGCAUAGGAGCAUUUUCUUGAUUUUUCUGUUUUGCUGGUCAUGCUGCGAGCGUUUUUCUUUCUGCUUUCUUGCGAUACACGGGUAUUAAUGGGAUGCUAUGGGGUUCGAUUCGAGCAUUUGUGGGCCAGGGCGCGUGCUGUUGUUGUGAUGAUGGUUCGAUUCGGCCUCGACGGAAGACGGCGAGAAUUGAUCGCUUGUGGUUCGACGAUGGCUGCUGCUGCAUAGAUGAGAUGAGAUGCGUUUUUGGUGUGCGAUGGCGUUUGAAGGGAGUAAUAGAGGCGUUUGAAUCAUAAUAGGCAUGGGUAGAGGAGAUGAUGGACAUGAUUGCGUACUUGAACUUCUCUU